AGUAGCAUAACUAAAGCUAAAUGGAGAAAGAAGAUUAAUUCAGCUGGUAGACGAGAUGAGUUAUGUGCAACACGAUCUUGAAAACAUUGACGAAUUGGCAGGUCAAGAAGAAGGCAAUAAUGAUACCGUAGGAUCUUCAGACUUCACCCGAUUUCCAAGAUUAGAAGUCACACCAAUCCAAUUACCUCCGAUCAUAAUACCUCGAAGAUCGAAUAGCAGCAAAACUUCUUCAAAAACAUCCUCUCAUGGAUCUAGAAAAUCACUCGAAGUCCUUCACCUUUCUUCCACGUGUGAAAAUAAUGUUGAUUCCGAAGACGAAGAAGAAUCGCCACUCCAUAUUAAUCAAACUACAAGUAAUGAGAAUAUGUUGUCUGCUGAUCACAAGAAGACAGUAUUGGAGAAGAUUUCAUCUGAAACUCUGAGGAAGCAAAGCACAAGCAGCGAGCCUUGUCAUUUCAAAAAAAAAGAAAGAAAGGACCGUCACUCAUCUUUUGCGGCGUACCACAAGUGUCGUAGCCGGUCUAUGAGCGUGCCAGAGCCCAAACAAGCUCAAAUGAUUAAAAAAGCCCUGGGUAUAGCUAGUUCUGAAUCAAUCCAUAGAACCUCCUCCGGAUUAGGGUUGAUGGGGGAGAAGGUUGCUGAAGAGGAGUUAGGUAAGAGUAAGAUCCUAGCACUAUUUGAGGCUGACAUCACCAACAAGAAGGUAAAAACAUUCUACAACGGCGUGGUCGGAGUGUUAGAGGAUAGACAACGGCAAGAUAAGAUAAUUAACGAAGAUAAGAUAUUUAUCAUACACCCUCUAUCCAGCUUUAGGCUUAUCUGGGAUACGGUCCUCCUGGCGGCGAUAAUGAUAAUGAUGGUAGUCCUCCCAUUGAAGCUCUCAUUUUUCAAGAUAUUUGAUGACAAAUCGCGUGAGGAAGAAAGAAAAACGUGGUACCCUAUAGUCAUAGUUUUGGAUCUUAUAUUCUUGUGUGACGUAGUCGCAAGCUUCUUUACCGGGACAAUCGAACAAAAACAAAACCCUCCUCUGAUAAAUUUAAACAGAAAAGAAAUACAGCUAAGAUAUUUGAAGACUUGGUUCGUUCCUGACCUUUUGUCCUCAAUACCCUUCGAUGUCAUUGGGAGUGAGUUAGCGGGUAACGCAAACGGCAGCGGGACGAAUAAUACUGAAAUUGGGAUAGCAUUGGGGGCCUCUAAAGCUUUCUUAGCAGCGAAAGUCCUGAAAAUGUUUUCUCUGAUCAGGGUACUAAGAUUAGGACGGCUUCAUUUUAUUUUGAAACGUUGGGUUCAGAUAUUCGAACUGAGUCCAUUGGUCAUCAAGAUAUUGCAACUGCUCUGCUUCUUUUUCAUGAUUGCGCACUGGAGUGCUUGUACACAGUUCUUCGUGGUGUACGUGAGGGACUUUCCGGCGGAAUCCUGGGUGGUCAGACUAAAAAUUGAUGACAAGGCGUGGACAGAGCAGUACAUAUGGGCUAUUUUUAGAUCUUUGUCUCAUAUGAUAACGAUUGGUUACGGCCAUGAAGCGCCGAGAGACACCGUCGAGGUUAUAAUGAUAAUUCCAUCCAUGUUAAUCGGUGCUUUCUUUUACAUGAUGAUAGUAUCGCAGAUGACGAAAACUAUAUCAAUGUUUCGAAUGGGAGAUAUUCGUUACACGGAGAAGUUAAAGGAUAUCGAUGAGCUUACCAGAAGGUUCAACAUGAGUCCAGAGCUUCAUCAGAGGAUGCACGAAUACUUCCAUCACAAAUACGGAGGAACCAUCCACGAUGAUGAUAGUUUAAUCAAAGAACUACCGUUAGCAUUGAAAAUAGACGUCAUAAAAUCAAAAUAUAAUGACAUGAUUGAGAAUGUUUUCUUUCUGCGGUCAGCUUGUGAUGGUUUUAUGGAGCAGUUUAUUCUAAGUACCAUAGGGUCGGUUUACAUGACUGGCGACAUAAUCAUCCGAUCAGAAGAUAUCAUUGAGAAUCUGUUCGUUAUCAAGAAAGGAACGGUCAGUAUCGAGUUCACAACUCCAGGGAAUACUCUUGAAGACGAGAUCAUUGUCAGAAGUUUCGGUUUUUUUGGUGAAACACCGAUGCUGCUCAAGAAAAAGGCCGAUAUGGUUGUGUACGCGGAAACAGCUUGCGAUUUCCUAAUGAUACCGAAGUAUAUGUUCUACUCGCUGAUGGAAAGAUACCCCUUGUUCAAGAACCAAAUGUUGCUGGUUUGUCACUCCCGGAUCGUCCUACAAGGAAUCGAUCCUGAAAAACACGCUCCAUUUUUAAAGAAUGAUUUCGAUUCCGCUGGAAGUGACCGCAUAGCAGCAAGGUCUAGCGAGGAUAUAUUGGAACUUGCCAGCCAGAAAAAAAUGGACCCAGCACAUAUGGAGGAAUUCCGCUGCAGUAACAGUAUAAAACACAGCGUGUUCAGAAAAGUUGAUCCAAGAAAGAAGGGUGAGAAACCUCCUUCUUCACAAACACCUAUUGACCAUCUUAACGAACACCACGACCCUGCAAUUCACGUAUCAGUAUCGAUCCAUGACGAUCGGAUCAAAACAUCAAUCGACCAAGAAAGGUCUUUCCACAACGAAAAGACUAACACGUGACGAACGCAUAAAAUCCGUUAUCCUAACAUUUUUCAAUGGAAAUGAGCACAAUAAUGCUUGACCCGGCAAAUUUAUGAACCGCAGAAUGUCUUGAAGAUGGCUUAAUUAUUAAUGAGACGUUUCUUGAUAGAAAAUUCGUAUUUCUGUUAACUAUGGGAGUGCAUUAAAAGGUUUAAAUAAGUUACACACGUUGAAUUAUUUAUUUUGUGAUAAAUACUUAACGGGUGAUGCUCGUAAUAUAUUUGUCAAUACCGUCGACGAGUCCAACUCGGUGCGCGUCUAGGUAGGUUAUAAACCUACAAAUAAAUACUUACUUUCGGCUGAGCUUACUGCAAUAACAAACUUUUGGAAUCUUGCCUGACUAUUUUACAUCAGAAAGAGUUUUAACUUGUUACGUAAAUUAUUGCAACAUUAUUUGUGACGUAUGAGAACCUUAUUACUGUUAACAAUCUACCACGCACACUAUUAGUAUUAGUAUUACAGUAGCACUAGCAUCGUGACAGUUAUUCUAAAGGAUCGUGCACAUAUUACUGAUUACGCCUAUGCUAGGGGGAGGAGGUUUUAUGUGAACAGUCCCUAAUUAUUAUAUCCUUCUACAUAUAAUAUUAAUCAGAUUUCUAAUUUGAUUGCUUUAGAAUUAAAUGAUACCCG